AUGAAAGCUGUGUACCGUGAGAAGGCCAACGGCUUCGAGUGCACUGCCGCCAAGCCGAUGGUCCAGACGGGAACCGCAACCCGUAUGGCCAACGGCAUCGGGCGCGGCACCGUCCUGGUUCGCGGCGGCAACCCCGAGAAGAACCAGUCGGCCAUGGUCCGCGUCAUCCGGAUGCUCUUCGUGGUCGUGGUCGAGUUUUUCGUCUGCUGGACGCCACUUUACGUGGUCAACACCUGGUCCCUGUACGACCCCAAGUCGGUAUACGACACCCUGGGCCCCACGGGCGUCAGCGUCGUCCAGCUGCUGGCGUACGCGUCCUCCUGCUCCAAUCCCAUCACCUACUGCUUUAUGCACCAAAAGUUCAGAGAGGGCUUCUUGACGGCCGCCGGCUGCCGCGAGGGAUGCGGCCGCAGGGAAGCGGGUGCCAGCAGGAAGUCUUCGGCCAAGUCCAACUUUGCAUCGGGAGCAUCGGGGACGGCUCUAAACUACAUGGGAUCCCAAAGAAAAGCGCAGAAGGAACCAGAUGCUGACAGUACCACCGUUCAGACCCCUUGUAAGGAUGCUGGUGAAGAAGAAUCAAGCGCAUAG